CCGUUAACGCUCGAGACGAGCGAACAGGCAAAAAAAAAAGCGUUCCUCCCUCCCUGAGACUGUGCAGAGAAUUCGAGUAAUGACUGACAGUGAGAUUGAACUGAUGGUCGUUUGUGCAGCCAGUGAAAUACCGUUAGAUCCCGACAGAUAGAAGACGAACAGGUCGAGCUGAAUCAGCUUCGCUCACUGAGCGCCUGGCUCUUCAUCUGCACAGAGUUCGGAUCCUGACGGUUCAGUUCGACAGUUCGACACCGAGAGCAGUUAGAGCGCGUGCUUCUUCACACCGACAGGGCGGCUUGAGUUACUUUGAGGCACCAUAACGCACUUUAGCAUGUCGGGAAGAGGUCGGACGCCCGAGAUGAGCGAUAAAAACAAGGUGGAUGAUGAAGCUGUAGUGGACAGAGGGGCUUCAUAUGUCAAACACUGUGACAAGGAGGCAGUUGAGAGCCAUCACACAGUGUACAUUGGCGUCAACGUGCCCAAGAGCUACCAUCGUCGACGGAGACACAGGAGACGUUCAAGUAACAAAGAAAGGAAAGAAAAAGUAAAUGAAGGAGUGAGCGACAGAUCGGACACUGAGAAUGUGGAUGACUCUGCCUCCAGCAUCCUCAAACCUCUUAUUUCUCCAGCAGCCGAACGGAUCCGGUUUAUGCUGGGUGAGGAGGAAAGUGGCCCGUCACUGCCACAGUUAUUCACUGAGCUCGAUGAGCUGCUCACUACUGAUGGCAAUGAGGUUGAGUGGACAGAGACAGCAAGGUGGAUCAAGUUCGAGGAGAAAGUGGAGAAGGGUGGAGAGAGGUGGAGUAAACCUCAUGUGGCCACUCUGUAUCUGCACUCACUUUUUGAGUUGAAGAAGUGCAUAGAGAAGGGAACUGUCCUGCUUGACAUGGAGGCUAACUCACUGCAGCAGAUUGUCGACAUGAUCACCGAUACUCAGAUUGAGUCAGGGCUGUUGAAGCCUGACUUGAAGGAAACGGUUACCUACACUCUUCUGCGUAAACACCGCCAUCAGACAAAGAAGUCCAACCUGCGCUCGUUGGCUGACAUCGGCCGAACUGUAUCGAGUGCAAGCAGGCUGUUUUCAAACCAAGAAAAUGUACGUAUGUCUGUUGAUCACUCUGUGCCACGCUUAAGCCUCUCUGAAAUUGAAGGCCAAAUACAGAUGCAGAGAAGCAACAGCGCUGGUAGACUUUGUAGUCCAUCUACAUUGCCUCUCAACCUGACCUCCAGCAGCCUUAAUGACCUCACCGACAAGCCAGAGAAGGACCAGAUGAAUAAUAAAUUCAUGAAGAAGAUUCCACGGGAUGCAGAGGCCUCUAACAUUUUGGUGGGGGAAGUAGACUUUCUGGAUUCUCCUUUCGUGGCCUUUGUACGGCUCCAGCAGGCCGUCCUGCUUGCAGGGCUUACUGAAGUCCCUGUGCCUACACGAUUUCUGUUUGUUCUCUUGGGGCCCAAAGGAAAAGCCAGAUCAUACCAUGAGAUUGGCCGAGCCAUUGCUACUUUAAUGUCAGAUGAGGUGUUUCAUGACAUUGCAUACAAGGCUAAAGAUCGUGCAGACCUAUUGGCAGGCAUCGAGGAGUUCCUUGAUGAGGUCGUCGUGCUGCCCCCAGGAGAGUGGGACCCUGACAUCCGGAUCGAACCCCCCAAAUCCCUACCAUCCUCAGACAAACGUAAGAACAACCUAGCAGGAGGAGGUGGGGGUGGAGAUGGAUCCAAGCUUAAUGGCGAUGCUUCUAUUGAAGGUGGUGCAGGAGGAGGUGGUGGAGGUCACCAUGUUGGAGAUGAGCUCAAGUUCACUGGCAAGUUUUGUGGCGGUCUGAUUCUGGACGUUAAGCGAAAGCUGCCAUACUUUGCAAGUGAUUUUUAUGAUGCACUGAACAUCCAAGCCUUGUCUGCUACAUUGUUUAUUUAUCUGGGCACCAUAACCAAUGCCAUCACCUUUGGCGGCUUGCUCGGAGAUGCCACAGAGAACAUGCAGGGUGUGAUAGAGAGUUUCGUGGGAACAGCAUUAGCAGGUGCAGUGUUUUGUCUGCUAGGUGGGCAGCCUCUCAUCAUCCUCAGCAGUACAGGACCAGUGCUUGUCUUUGAGCGGCUAUUGUUUAACUUUAGCACGGACCACGCAUUAGACUACCUGGAAUUUCGGUUGUGGAUUGGUUUGUGGUCAGGGUUCCUGUGUCUGCUGCUGGUGGCGACGGAUGCCAGCUUCCUUGUGCAGUAUUUUACACGCUUUACAGAGGAAGGCUUUGCAUCUCUCAUCAGCUUUAUCUUCAUCUAUGAUGCAUUCAAGAAAAUGCUCAAACUUGCUCAGCAUUACCCCAUCGACAUCAACUACCACUGGGACAUGGCCACUCAGUAUGGCUGCCACUGCAUGCCUCCUGAGGGCAACAUGUCUAUCCCAGAUGAACUAAUUAAAGCUCCAUUCAACUCCACUGGACAGCACUGGAACGCUACUUGGUCAUCACUAACUCGUUCAGAGUGUUUGGAAAGUGGAGGAGUUCUGCAAGGAGGCUCCUGUGGCUUUGUUCCUGACAUCACACUAAUGUCGUUUAUCCUGUUCAUGGGCACCUACACCUGUUCCAUGGCCUUAAAGAAGUUUAAAACCAGCAGAUUUUUUCCCACCAUGGUACGUAACAUGAUCAGUGACUUUGCAAUCAUCCUGGCCAUUCUGAUCUUCUGUGGAAUAGAUGCACUGGUGGGCGUAGACACACCAAAACUGGAAGUGCCUGUUGAAUUUAAGCCUACAAGUCCAAAGCGGGGCUGGUUUGUCCCCCCUUUCGGUGGAAACCCCUGGUGGGUGUACCUGGCCUCGUUACUCCCUGCACUCCUUGUCACCAUCCUCAUCUUUAUGGACCAGCAAAUCACUGCUGUCAUCGUGAACAGGAAGGAACACAAACUCAAGAAAGGUUCUGGCUACCAUUUGGACUUAUUCUGGGUGGCUGUGCUAAUGAUCGUGUGCUCGUUCAUGGGUCUGCCAUGGUACGUGGCAGCAACUGUCAUCUCCAUCGCCCACAUCGACUCACUUAAGAUGGAGACAGAGACAUCGGCACCAGGCGAGCAGCCCAAAUUCCUUGGAGUCAGGGAGCAGAGAGUAACGGGAGUGAGUGUCUUCCUCCUAACUGGACUAUCGGUCUUCAUGGCACCGAUUCUUAAGUUCAUUCCCAUGCCGGUGCUCUAUGGUGUCUUCCUCUACAUGGGAGUAGCAUCUCUAAAUGGAGUGCAGUUCAUGGAUCGCUUGAAGCUGUUUCUAAUGCCAGCGAAACACCAGCCAGAUUUGAUCUACUUGCGCCAUGUCCCCCUUCGCCGAGUUCACCUGUUCACGUUCCUCCAGAUCCUGUGUCUUGCCCUGCUUUGGAUCUUGAAGUCCACUGUGGCAGCUAUAAUCUUCCCAGUUAUGAUUUUGGCCCUGGUGGCCGUAAGGAAGGCACUGGAUUACUUUUUCUCUCAGCAUGAUCUCAGCUACCUGGAUGACGUUAUGCCAGAGAAAGACAAGAAAAAGAAAGAGGAUGACAAAAAGAAAAAAAAGAAGAAGGGCAGCAUUGACAGUGACAUAAAUUAUUCAGAUUAUCCAGGCAAUGAAAAUAUUCCCAGUAUAAAGAUAUCCAUGGAGACGAUGGAGGAGGCACAAAUGAGGGGAGAGGAACCCUCAGAGAGAAAUAAGCCCAUGUCAUUCCUCACUCCAUACUGAUUCAUGGGGUUUCCUUACCUCGAAGCUUUAAGUCAAGAUUUAAGCCCAUUUAAGAAGUCUGUACCUCUCAACAGAGCUGAUGUGGACCCUGAUCUCAACAGAUUUUCUCAGAAAGCUCAGAAAGAUGAAACAGCCUUUUAGCUCAUCGUGUUUUCUACAUUAGCUAAAAAGCAAGGUUUUAGACCAAUUUGCAUACAAACAAUAAUAUGAGGGCAUUCAAGUCAAACUGGGACUUUUGAUUUAGGAAAACAGAACACAGUUAUGAAAGCAAAAACCUUUAUUUCGCUAUGUAAUCCACUGCUACACUACCGCACUAAUCCCAGCAUUUUACUAGUGCCUAGAUAUUAAAAGUUCUCAGUAUACAGCAGCCAGGAUCAGACUGCUUCACGUUUGAAAUGCUGGCCUUCCAGAAACUUUUUUAAUGGCUUAAACAUGGGGACAUUGUCAUGACUAAAUGUGGGAUGUGGUAAUAACUAUGAGACAUGUUUGUGUAAUGUGCAAGUGGUGAUCAUAAAUGACUGUGUACAGUUUCCACCGGCAGAUGUGUCUCUUCCUCAAGUUAUCCAUAGAUUUUCAAGGAUCUGGCAAUCCACCCGUCGAAUGUUCACAGGAAUGAUUGCAAUGGGGUCCUAGCCACCUCUGCUGGAAUCAUCAUUUACAAACAUACAGCCUUCUUCAAAACGUUUACACAAUCUAAACGCAUUCAAAUGCAAUGAGUCUCAUUGCCGUACUGUACUUUACAUCUGUAAACGUCAAUUGGUUUUAUGUCUUUCAUUCAAAAGAAAUUUCAUGACAAGUCCCAGUUUGACUCGAACAAUAAUUAAGCAUACAAUGAUUCAAUAAUUACAAUAAAGUACAAUAUAAAAAAAUCAAUAUAUAGUAUACACACAUGCUUUGCAGGUAGGUGCAAGUUCAUCAAAAUGCAAUGUAAAGGUUAAAACCUUAUACCAUUACGCACUUAUAGCAUCUCAGCUUUCAUCCCAUUAGUUCUAUCAAAAUACUGUAUCUCAUCUCAUUAUCAUAUCAUAUCAUAAACUUACUGAGUACAAAGAGUAUGAGGAAAUGCAAUGCUGUAUCUGGACCUAAAUCCUUUGUGAUGUAUGCAGGAAAUAUUUUGUACUCUAGCCUCUAAAUAUACGAACAAUACUGUAAAUACUGUAUUUUAAAUUAAAGCUUUAACAGGUUAGUAAAGCAAGGAUUUUUUAAAAAUUUAAUAUAAAACUUUAACCUACUAUUAUACUAUCUUAUCUCUUUAGUGAGUCUUAAAUUUGUAAAUCUCUUUGUCUUUAGCCCAAACAGGUCAUCUAAAUGAGAAAAUUAGAUCAAAAUAGCUUAAUAUACAAAUAUUAUAAAUAAUAGCAGAUUUAUCAGUUCUGAAACCAUAACAGGUUUUAUAAUCUUAUAAAGUGUUUUUUUUUACUUAUUAUAAACUAUACUGAUUACUUAUUUUAUUACCUUGAAUCAUAGCUCUACCUCUUUGAAUGCUGUAGUGCCAGUGUUUAAUCUAUGCAGAUAAGAAAUGAUAGAGAUAAAUUAUUGUUCUCAGUGAGUGGGCACAACUUAGAUUGCUGUCAUCAUUUUAUCGCAAAUUAUAAUAAUCUUCCGUAAACUAUGCAAAACACAAUACAGUAUGUGUCUUUCUAAUUAAAUGACAGAUUUGUCUUGAAAAGAUUAAAAUUUGAUUUUAUUAAGUGUACUUUCAGUAUCAUCUGUGCAAAUAUAUAUUUAUAAUGUACUUUAUUUUUUAAGCAAAGAAAUUAUAAUUUAUCUACCAUAUAAUCUUUUAUACAUGUGUAGUAAAUGUUGGUUAAUGUAGGACAUAAAUUUAUAUCAGUAACAGACGAUAAAAAGAAAUCAUUUAAAAUAAAAAUUUUAAAUUAAAAUAUUAAUUUAACCCAAAAUGAAUGGGUAAACUUUGGGUGAGUUUUCUAAAAUACCCAUCGCCAACAACCAUGACAUGGCCAGAGUCACUGAGAUAUAUUUUUCCUCUGUUCUGGAGUUUGAUGUAAAAAUUAAUUGUAGCUUUGUGUAUCUGCUGCUUUUAUGCAUUGUGCUGCUACCAUAUAGUUGGCUGAUGUAUGAAUGAUUGUAUGAAUGAGCAGGUGUACAAAUUAUUUAAGUGAUCAGUCUAUAAAAAAGAAAUACAUUUGAAUUUUUGCAUCCAGUUAAUUAUAAUUAGCAUCAGUAUCAUUUAAAGAAUACAGUAUGGAAUUUUUUGUGAAAUCUUAUUCAACAACAAAAAAUAAUAUUUGAAUAAUUAAAAAUAAAAUUGUUCAACUUUAAUAAUUCACUUUCAGUUUAAAAACUGAGGAUAUGUUUUAUAGCUAUUUUAAUAGUGCACACACUGUUUUAUGUCAUGCCAGAAGGGUAAUAUAUACUUUACAACUUAUUUAUGUAGAAUUGUGACCUAUUGACAGACAUUAUGGACUUGAAUGUAAAGAAAUGCAAAAUGUGAAAUUAAUGGUAGUAUGCUACAUUUCCCAAUGAGACAAAUUCUCCUUCUCUCUCUCUCUCUCUCUCUCUCUGUCUUUUUCUCAUUUCUUUGCUUUUUUUAAAUCGUUAUUCUUAAUAUAUUAAAAUGAGCUCAAAUGCCUAAAAGAGCUACACUUUAAAAACAGUAGCUUCACUCUUUUUGCACUGUAGGUCAAUAAUCAUUAAUAAUGAUUUAUAAUAGGGAAGACAUGUAUUAUAAUUAAUAUUAUAGAUUAUUAGUAUUUUACAAUCAGUUCCUGUAUGAUUUUUGUACAUUUUCCCACCCAAGAUGUUUUUAUGGCUUUAUGAUGUAGGCUACACUACAUACAAUAUGCUUCAAUGUAUUUUGAAAAUAAAGUAACUUUUAAGACUGUUG